CCUCCCUUGGAAAACAACAACAAAAAAGCUCUGAAAUUGUAUGACCUGUGGAAUAACGCCAAAUCAACUCCCCCCUCCAUCUCCACUCAUCAGUCCCUUUCUCCAAUCUCUACUGUGUAGUCACACUUCACUCUCCCCGACCUCUGUCACCAACACGCAGUGCCCACACUGCUACAUUUAUUGUGCACUGCCCCUUCUCUUUUAGUUAUUACCUCCGCUUUCUCCAGGUUGCCGCUAUUCGCCAUUUCAUGCUUUCAGAAUUUUCAGCUCAUGUACCUCGCCAUCUUCUUUUCGCCUUCAGUUUUUUGGCUGUUAUUUUGGUUUGAUUACUUCCAACUUCAUUUGGUCGAAAAAUUAUGGUUUGUUUUCUUGCGAGACUAUUGAUUUUUGGACGUUUUCAAGGUUUUGGAGCUAUUAUAGUUCAUGUCUAAAUCUGUUAAACGUUAAACAUGCGUUUGAUCUGUGUAAAGAUUCAAUUUUUUUUUUGUUAAAUUCCGGCAUUGGCGGAGUUUGGGGAUGUGAUGAUUAUGUAACCUGAGAACCUUAAAUUCCAACCGCUGCAGUUGAUUAAAUUGAAGGAAAACUUAAAAGGGUAGUGGAUCAAUUUCAAUUUUCAACUGCUUUUUGGUGCAAAAGAAUGGAGAGAACGAAGAAAUAUAGGCAACUGAGCCCAGAACGGGCCAAAGUGUGGAGAGAAAAAUCGCCCAAGUAUCACUACAACCAGCUGCCGCCGCAGCACAAGCAGAAGGUGCCUGUAAUUUACUAUCUAUCUCGAAAUCGCCAGCUCGAGCAUCCUCAUUUCAUGGAGGUCACCCUCUCCACUCCAGAUGGCCUUUACUUGAAAGACGUAAUUGUGAGGCUUAAUGCUUUGAGAGGCCGAGGCAUGGCUUCGACUUACUCCUGGUCCUGCAAGAGGAGUUACAAGAACGGAUAUGUAUGGCAUGAUCUUUGCGACAAUGAUAUAAUCCUUCCUGCUCAUGGGAAUGAGUAUAUCCUCAAGGGUUCAGAGUUUUUUGAAGAUUCCAAUUAUGGUAACUGUAGUCCUGCUGAGACUGUCAUAUUACAUAAUCAGAAGGCACUUCCAGAGCCACCAUGUUCAAGAAGCCAAGAGGAGUCGUCAUCUUCAUCUAGCUUGGAUGACAGGGCUACAAAGACUUCUCAGGAGGAUGAGUUAUCUCCUCCUGAUCAGCGUCCUCAUUCCACUUCCGUGUCUCCUGAAUGCAGCACUGAGAAGAAUUCAUCGUGGAGCGUUACAGAGUAUAAAGUCUACAAGAGCGAUGGUUUUGCUGAUGCUUCCACUCAAACUGAGGAUAAUGCGAACAGAGGUACUACUAGAGCCCAACGUUCUUGUAUGAGAGGUGUGUCGACUGAUGAUGGACUAGUGGAGCCUGAAAGUAGUGGAGCUUGUCCUAGACUAACUCCUAAAGUAAAAGCCACUCCAGAGAUUCACAGAGAUUUUGUUUCACCACCUCCUUCUACAUCCAGUGCUUCUUCUUCAAGUGGCAGGACCGACACCUUGGAAUCUCUCAUUAAAGCUGAUGCUAGGAAGCUCAACAGCUUUAGGAUACUUGAAGAAGAAGAAUUUCGAUUGCCAUCCCAUUCUAAACUAAAGGCUUCAAAUAUGAUAAUGCAACUGAUAUCUUGUGGUUCAGUAUCUGUCAAGGAUCACAGCUUUGGCCUAAUCCUGAGCUACAAGCCAAGGUUCUCACACUCCAAAUUUCCAUCCCUGUUGUUCUCAAAAUCAUCAAUGUUGGGAGAGCUUGAUUGCCUGGCAGAGAAUCCUCGCCUUGUGGGCAUGCCUUUGGAGGACAAAGAGUACUUCAGUGGGAGUUUGAUAGAAAGGAAUAUGAUGAAGGAUGGCGCACCCAAAUUAAAAAGAUCAUCUUCGUUCAAUGCUGACCGUGCUUUUUGAAUUUUCAGAAGUAUCAGGCAACUUGAUUCUACUGAAGACAAAGAUGAGGGAGGUUCCACUCGCACAAAGUGCAUCCCAAGAUCAAUUAAAGUCGCUCUG